CCGGCGGUCUGGCCAUAGCGCUGAAAAACUUGUUGUUGUCGGGGAAAAUGGCGUCAAACGUUGAGGCCCCGGAGCGCUGGUACCUCGCCCUUCUCGGCUUUGCGGAGCAUUUUCGAACCUCCAGUCCGCCCAAAAUUCGGCUCUGCGUCCACUGUCUACAGGCGGUGUUUCAGUUCAAGCCGCCGCAGAGGAUCGAGGCCCGGACGCACCUUCAGCUGGGCUCGGUCCUCUACCACCACACCAAGAACAGCGAGCUGGCCCGCAGCCACCUGGAGAAAGCGUGGUUCAUAUCUCAACAAGUCCCUCAGUUCGAAGAUGUCAAAUUUGAAGCUGCCAGCAUUUUGUCAGAACUCUUCUGCCAACAGAAUCUGGUGGACUCUGCAAAACCCCUCCUGCGCAAGGCCAUCCAGAUAUCGCAACAAACGCCAUACUGGCACUGCAGAUUGUUGUUCCAGUUGGCGCAACUUCAUACACUGGAGAAAGACUUGGUGUCGGCGUGUGACCUGCUGGGGGUCGGAGCCGAGUACGCCCGAGUGGUCGGGUCGGAAUAUACCAGGGCACUGUUUCUCCUCAGUAAAGGAAUGUUGCUGCUAAUGGAGAGGAAGCUCGGGGAGGUGCAUCCUCUGCUCACGCUGUGCGGAACUAUUGUAGAAAACUGGCAGGGAAACCCCAUCCAGAAGGAGUCCCUGAGGGUCUUCUUCCUGGUCCUGCAGGUCACACACUACCUGGAUGCUGGACAGGUGAAGAGCGUGAAGCCGUGUCUGAAGCAGCUGCAGCAGUGCAUCCAGACCAUUUCGACGCUCCACGACGACGAGAUUCUGCCCAGCAACCCGGCCGACCUCUUCCACUGGCUGCCCAAGGAGCACAUGUGUGUCCUCGUCUAUUUGGUGACGGUCAUGCACUCCAUGCAAGCGGGCUACCUGGAGAAAGCUCAGAAGUACACAGAUAAGGCUCUUAUGCAACUAGAGAAACUAAAAAUGUUGGACUGCAGCCCCAUCCUCUCGACCUUUCAAGUCAUUCUACUGGAGCACAUCAUCAUGUGUCGGCUCGUCACGGGCCACAAGGCCACGGCGCUACAAGAGAUCUCUCAGGUGUGCCAGCUGUGCCAACAGUCCCCCAGGUUAUUCACCAACCACGCUGCUCAGCUGCACACGCUAUUAGGUCUGUACUGUAUCUCGGUGAACUGUAUGGAUAACGCAGAGGCCCAGUUCACCACGGCUCUGCGGCUCACCACGCACCAGGAACUGUGGACGUACAUCGUAACCAACUUAGCCAGCGUCUACAUACGGGAAGGGAACCGACACCAGGAGUUGUACAGCCUCCUAGAGAGAAUAAACCCAGACCAUAACUUCCCAGUAAGCUCUCAUUGCCUCCGUGCUGCCGCCUUCUACAUCAGAGGACUCUUGUCCUUCUUUCAAGGACGCUACAACGAGGCCAAACGCUUCCUAAGGGAAACCCUGAAGAUGUCUAACGCCGAGGACCUGAACCGACUGACCGCCUGCUCCCUGGUUCUGCUCGGCCACAUCUUCUACGUUCUGGGCAACCACAGAGAAAGCAACAACAUGGUGGUACCCGCCAUGCAGCUGGCCAGCAAGAUCCCCGACAUGUCCGUUCAGCUCUGGUCUUCGGCGCUGUUGAAAGACUUGAACAAGGCCCUCGGGAACACCAUGGACGCCCACGAGGCGGCCCAGAUGCACCAGAACUUCUCCCAGCAGCUGCUGCAGGACCACAUCGCCGCCUGCAGCCUCCCCGAGCAUAACCUCAUCAGUUGGACCGACGGCCCCCCUCCGGUCCAGAUCCAAGCCCAGAACGGCCCGACCACCAGCCUCGCCAGCCUCCUAUGAGACCCCCUCCCCUCCCCCCAACCCCCCCUCUGUCUCUCACGUGGCAGAAGCCGGUACAUUAUCACGAGCGACAGAUCGAUGCCUGAACAACAACCCGCCGUCAGAACCGCCGUCGCUGAGAUUUGAGAGGAUUUAUUUUAUUAUUUUUUUAAACAGGUCGCAGAAAUUUUUAGGCCUUAUCACUUUAUUAGUUUCUCGAAGAUCGCUUCCUGAUUGUCCGUCACUUCUUUUAAUGGUUGUAAAGCAAUUGCAACCGCUGUCGUGCAUGUAUUACACACUUUCUGAUGGCGUGGACGCGGGGGGCCGGCUCUCUUGACUCUGGGCACAUAGCGGCGUAUAAAAGGGGCCUCUUGGGCUCGGGCGGAGGCAACCCUUCUCUACGGGUUGCCGGGUUUCUCUUCCAUUUGUUGGAGAUUUUAAAAGGGGGGAGGGCAGAAAAAAAAUGUAGAAGAAAUUAAUUUAUUCAUGUUGAUAUUUUUGUAUCUGUUGGUAAAUAUUUUACAUCUUGCCUUUUUUUGUAAGGAUCCUGUUUUUGUUUUGUUUUUUCAUGCAUGGAAGUUUCUAAUGUGGACUCCCUGUACACUAGUUUGGGUUGCUAACUAAAUAAAUUCUUGGUUGAUUUUA